AAUCAGCAACCUGCUGAAGCAUAGCAUCUCGAUAGCUGCUACCUAUUUUGUAGUGAUCGUCACCAAUUCACGAAUCAAUUUUUGAUAGUACCUUCUCGAACUGUAAUUAAGCUUCUAGUGCAAGAACCUUCAACUUUUACCCUAGUCCGUAAAGAAUAAGAUUUACGAACAUCUCUAAUUAUUACAUCCAUUUAGCGACGUCUUGUCUCAAAUCAAAUCACGAUGAGCUCCGGUAGAGCCCUGCGAGGGAGCUGCCACUGCGGCAGAAAUCAGUACAUAGUCCAGAUUCCUAACGGAGCAUUCGGAGAUGCUCAAAUACUCUUCGAUUCAACCGUUGGCCACAGAAUCUCCUCCGCAACACCCCUUUCCGCAUUCUUAAGAAUUCCGCUCCUUUGGUACCAUAGCCAAGUAUUUCCAUUCUUUCCCGACGAAUCCCGUACUACUAUUCGGCGUACCUAUUCCCAUCCCGCCGAACGAAACACCAUUCGACACUUCUGCGGAUUCUGUGGUACACCCUUAUCGUAUUGGUCCGAAGAACCUAAGAGCGAGGCCGAAUUCAUUCAAUUAACACUUGGUAGCCUCUUAACCGAGGACCUUAACGAUCUAGAAGAGCUGGGUCUGAUUCCGGACGAAUCGGAACAGGAUCCCAUGGACAUUGUCCCCGUUCAAGCAUCCAGCCGAGAGUCACGACUGAUCGGACGAGAUACAACCUGCAUCCCAUGGUUCGAGAACAUGAUCCUAGGUAGUCGCUUAGGCAAUAUACAUACUACAAAAGCUGUCGGUGAGAGCCGCGACGGUAGAGUUCGAGUCGAGUACGAAAUCACCGAAUGGGCAGAAGAUGACGCGGCAGGGGAUGAAGAGGCAAAGGUAUCAGAACCGACCGCGACGGGCAAGAGAAAACGCGGAGAGGCUGAUGAGGGAGACGGUAACAACACUGCCCAUGGUACCACCUAAAAGACUUAAACAAU